ACAUAUUGACACCUGCGCUGGCAUGUUACAGUAUGAGGAUGGCUUGCGGUUUAUUUUUAUUUAUUUUUUUUUUUUGUAGGCAAAUGGAUUCAUCAUUGGGUGAGACACUUCUCAUUAUCUCACUGAUUAAAUUGUCUUUUGGUCGUGUUCAUCCAUAUUUAAAGGCGACUGUUUGUCUCACUGCAGUAAACGCCAGAUUGUGUUUACAUGCUGACUGGUGGGGAAGUAACAAAAUGUAUAUCAAUACACAAUGCUGAACUAUUUUUUUUAAUAUAUUGUUCUGAUUACUUUAUACAUUUGAAAAUGCAUGUCUGUACUUUCUACUCUUUAUGUAGCCCAAAUGAGCUUCUUGCGUUUCUUUUAGCCUCUGCAUGUUACCCAAAAGUUUCAAAGUUAAUAACUGCACUUGAGCUUUUCAGGUUUAAGGGCUGUGAACCAAGUCGGCAUUAAUGAUGAUGAGCGCAACGGAUGUCAGAGAAGCAAGGUCCUCCCUCCCUCACGCUCAGUGGGUGGCACCGCCGCGACCAAGCCUCGACGGCCCGGAGGCGGAGAGAGAUCUGCGUCACAUCCACGGAGCACAGCUGCCACGCUGGGGAGAGUGGGGCUCCGACCGGGGGUCCUCAGUCAGCUGGCACCGCCUUGCGCAUCGCAUCAGGACGCGGGAGCGUCGCUCGUUCUGCCGCGACCCUUCCGACGCACCCGGCCCCGGACCAUGUGCGCAUCGACGCGGUGAAGUGUGACUCGCCGCCCGGCGGUGCGCCCUUGCGAUCGGGGCUCGGAUACGCCGACGUUACCACGCCGUCAUUGAGAACCAUGAGCACUGUGGAGGAGGACCCGGACCACAUGAUACCAUGAAGACGAGCCUGCGGGUCCUGCGCUGCCGGCUGCUGAGUGUUUUCGCCUUCCUCGCACUGGCGUCAUCGGCGCAGGAGCUUCAUCUGGGCCGGGCCCUGUCGCCAUGGCGACCGGCAGCACCGGCAGCCCGGCCCCGGACUGGCACCGGGAAGGGUCCAGCGGCGGGGAAUGGUCGCACAACGCGAGCGCGGCCGACGUCGCCGACCGGCCGGCAGCGACGGGGGCAUCCCCGGAGAACCGAACCUUCGCCGGCCUCCCUCCUACAGAGACCGCCGGGACGGUCACGCUGCCGCCCGGCCGCCCGAACGCCACGGACAGCGACCUCGCCGAGGCGCGGUCGGCGACCGCCGCCCCGGACCGCCGUGGUUCCGCUCAGUAUACGGCGUGGACGGACGACGGGCGGGUGCCCCCCGCCACGCACGACCCCCGGGGGGCCAACGGCAGCUCCGGUCCCGCCCCGGACUCGACGCCGUCGUCCCGAGUCGCCGUCUGCCUGAGCCGCAUGGACGUCGUGUGGAUCGUGUUGGCCGUCGGCGUGCCCGUGUCCACGUGCUCCGUGCUGCUGACGGUGUGCUGCAUGCGGCGCAGGAAGAAGUCGUCGGGCCAGGAGAGCAACCUCAGCUACUGGAACAACGCCAUCACCAUGGACUACUUCAGCCGCCACGCCGUGGAGCUGCCCCGCGAGAUUCACACGCUAGAGAGCGAGGAGCACGACAGUUGCCUGCCACCAAACGGCGAGUACGGCGCGGGCAGCGUGGUGCUGGUCAACCCCUUCUGCCAGGAGAGCCUCUUCAUCAACAGAGACAAAGCCGCCGCCACCUAGUGACCUCUGACCUCCACUUUAUACAACAAACUGCGCGUGUGACGUGGAGAUGGGGGAGGGGGCUCGCCUAUUUUUUCUGAUGUACAUUUUCUACACACAAAAAUGUAUUCAUUGUGAUCAUUUUUAAUGUCUUUCUAAAUACACGCGUCUGGUUUGGUUUCAUGACUGGAAAAAAAAUGCUUUUGUUCUAUUAAAAGAAAAAGAUUUAUUAUAUAUAGCCUGUUCAACUUGAAUAGACCGUAUGGAUGCAUACAUACGUCAACAUAAAUGGGGGGGGGGGCAUCUCAAUAAAUUUGAAAGUGA